AUGGAUGUGUUCCAGAAGGUGGAGAAGAUCGGAGAGGGCACCUAUGGGGUGGUGUACAAGGCCAAGAACAAGGAGACCGGGCAACUCGUGGCCCUCAAGAAGAUCAGGCUGGAUUUGGAGACCGAGGGGGUCCCAAGCACUGCCAUCAGGGAGAUCUCCCUGCUCAAAGAGCUUAAGCAUCCCAACAUCGUCAGGCUGCUGGAUGUGGUGCACAGCGAGAAGAAGCUUUACCUGGUGUUUGAGUUCCUCAGCCAGGACCUGAAGAAGUACAUGGACUCCACCCCAGCCUCCAAGCUCCCCCUACAUGUAGUCAAGAGCUACCUCUUCCAGCUGCUGCAGGGGGUGAACUUCUGCCACUCGCAUCGGGUCAUCCACCGAGACCUGAAGCCCCAGAAUCUGCUCAUCAAUGAGUUGGGAGCCAUCAAGCUGGCUGACUUUGGACUGGCUCGGGCCUUCGGGGUGCCCCUGCGCUCCUACACCCAUGAGGUGGUGACACUCUGGUAUCGUGCCCCCGAGAUCCUCUUGGGAAGCAGGUUCUACUCGACAGCUGUGGAUGUCUGGAGCAUUGGUUGCAUCUUUGCAGAGAUGGUAGAGAGAGGGCCAAACAUGGCCACAGGGAGGCCACAGGCAGGGUCCUCUGGGGUGGGGGGUAGAAGGGGCUCUGAUUCUCCUAUUAGAAGUGUAUUAAGGGGGAGUAGACACCACACCUUCUCCCCUUCCCCGUUCCAGGUGACCCGCAAAGCCCUGUUUCCUGGCGACUCUGAGAUUGACCAACUCUUUCGUAUCUUUCGGACCCUGGGGACACCCAAUGAAGCCAUGUGGCCAGGAGUCACCCAGCUGCCUGACUAUAAGGGCAGUUUCCCCAAGUGGACCAGGAAGGGGCUGGAGGAGAUCGUGCCCCACCUGGAGCCAGAGGGCAAGGACCUGCUCAUGCAACUCCUGCAGUAUGACCCCAGCCGGCGCAUCUCAGCCAAGGCCGCCCUUGUGCAUCCGUACUUCUCGUCCACCGAGGCCUCCCUGGCCCCGCGCUAGUGUGUGCUGGAGGGUUUCUGCCGCUGAGAAGGUGUGAGGCCUCAAAGCCUCUCUCCAGCUGCUGCCCCCCUGCCUCCCUACUCACUUCCCAAGAAAGAGGACACAUCUGGGGAGAGAGCAAUUUGGCAUCAGCCGUCAGAGGGCUGAGUUUGGGUUUGUCCUGCCAGCAGGUUAGCGAGUUCCUGGGUUGUUUGUUGGGUUUGCCGGUGCCGUUUCAAGAUGGGGGCACAGAAGCGCCAUGCCCGAGGGGGUCCGUCAGAGGCUGGGUCCCCUGACACCAGAAUGGCAGGUGCUAAGGAGAGUAGGAAACCUGCCCGGGCCUCCAGCAAGCCCUCCUAGUGCCCUUCCGCUGCCCGGCCCUCAGUUGCAGAGCCAGACCCCGGGGGAAAGAGUUUCUCCCGGCUGGUCUUCUGGAUUUAAAAUGUUUUGGGGAAGAGUUGAGUUCCAGUUAAGGGUCCCAAGUUAAACAGAAAGCGGGGUGAGGGAGAGAGGACAUUUUCCUGAUCCUGGGGCAGGCUGGGUGUUCUGAGUAGUUGUCUCGUCACCUGGGGUAUGCUUAACGUUUGUUUGCUUCUGGCUUUAAGAACAGAAAAUAAAACUGAUGCAUUCCUGA